AGAAUAAACCGGAACGUGACCUGAUUUAGAUCUCCUAAUCGCAUUUCGGUAUCGAUUCUGUUUACAGGUAUCGGUUUAUAGACGAAAUUUUUUAGGUAGACGUUGCGAUGUGUGCGUGGGUAUGUUUAUCAUCUCGAUAGGUAGGAUAUAAUACUAUAAAAUCAUUCUGUAAGUCAUUCGUGGCAGUUAGUUUCGUUUGAGAAAUAAAGCUUAGCUACUCCACCGUGUAGCAUAGCAAUUAUAAAAAAAAUCAGUCGAUUAUGUCGGUAACAUCCCAGAAACCAUACGUGGUUAUUACUGAACAGCCACAAUCGAAAGCCCUACGUUUUCGGUACGAAUGUGAGGGGCGCUCGGCCGGUUCUAUCCCGGGAGUAAAUAGUACAGCAGAUGUAAAAACCUUCCCCAGUAUUGCGGUUCAUGGAUACAGAGGGCGUGCUGUAGUGGUGGUUUCCUGCGUCACGAAGGAUAUGCCUUACAGACCACAUCCGCACAGUUUGGUCGGCAAGGAAGGUUACAAGAAGGGUGUGUGCACAGUGGAGAUCAACAGCAACACUAUGAGUUACGUUUUCAGUAAUUUAGGAAUACAGUGCGUAAAGAAAAAGGAAAUCGAGGAUGCACUUCGAUGUCGCGAGGAGAUCCGAGUUGAUCCAUUUAAAACAGGCUUUGGUCAUGCGAAACAACUGGCUGCUAUUGAUAUGAACGCUGUGCGACUCUGCUUUCAGGUGUUUCUGGAGGGGCAACAGAGAGGUCAAUUCACAGAGGCGUUGCAGCCGGUAGUGUCUGACAUAAUUUAUGAUAAAAAAGCGAUACCAGAUUUGAUUAUAUGUAGUAUCAGUGCCGUUAUGGCUCCAGUAACAGGUGGAAAGAAGAUUAUCCUGUUAUGCGAGAAAGUUGCGAAAGAGAAUAUCUCGAUACGGUUCUUCCAUUCGGACAACGGCAGGAUUGUUUGGGAAAAUAUAGCUGACAUCCAGCAGAUCAAAGUUCACAAACAAGUGGCAAUUACGUUUUCAUCGCCACGAUAUACCAUUGAUACCGCACAACCUGUGAUGGUGAAUAUUGAACUGAGAAGACCUUCGGACGGUAUCACCAGUGAAUCAGUACCAUUCGAGUUACUUCCUGUGCAUUCCACACCUAUAGGUCUGAAACGUAAACGAUAUCUUCAAUGCGGUUCGGAAUACUUCGCUCCAGGAAGCACCGGAAAUACUCUGAACAAUUUUGGUGAUAAUACUGGUUUUCCAUCAGUCGAAUGUCUUCCAGGUCCAAGUCAUGCUGGAAACCGGGAUCAGCCUAUUUUCUACAGUCAGUACAACCCUACACCGUUGGCACCAAGUGGUCAGCCGAUCUAUAAUUUGCAACAGCAACAAGUUUAUCAACUCCCGCAGCAAACGCAGAAUCAGUUCAAUUCUAAUGCCGUGAAUAAUAUAGCUUUCAAUGACGACAAUUCACAGAACAGUUGCCUACCGCUAACUAUAUCUCAGCAAACCUUCAAUGGAGGAUCUGACACGACGCAACCGGUUUAUCAGCAACACUGUAAUGACUCGGAAUAUAAUCUUGGUAACCUGUUAAGAAUGGAACACGGAAAAGAAUUUGACCUCAACCCAUCGGGUAUGAUGAAUAACUAUAGUAAUCAACAACACUAUCCGAAUAAGUAGUCUCCGUGAAAAUAACCGAAUCAGGAUUCACUACAA